AUGCUGAUACAGACCGAAAAAGGGAACCCUUUUGGCCAGUCUGGAGUUUUCUUUAAAGAGACUGGGGACAAAGAGGUACUCGUUCCUGCUAAUUCUGAGUCCUUUGAAUCUUUUCUGGUCUUUUGUCCCCCUCCUGUGCCGAUUCUCCAACUGCGCAAUUCGUCGACUUUGUAUACAAGAAAAGACACGAGAAGCAAAAGUCGCAUUGAAUAUAAGAAAAAAAGCCCACCAGCCAUGGAUGGAUGCUGCUGUGACCGCGACGACCUGGACAAGAUUUCCAAGGGCUGGUCCAUUGCCAUGUUCUACUCCAAGGAGCGUCUGCGGCGCGUCUACGAGCUCGACGACGCGCAGCUCGGCAAGGCCGUCGAGGACGGGAAGCUGGUCCUGGAGACGCUGUGUCUCUUUGUACACGCCUGCAUAAAGCGCGGGCAGUACCGACUGCCCUCGGAGUUUUGGCGUGUUUUGCAUGUCGAGUAUGGGAUUGUGGUGUACCCCUCGGCGCUGACAGAGGACAUUGACGUUCAAGGACUGGGUGUGGAUGUGACCUUUACCGACGCCUACUCGAAACAUAUCGUCAUGUUUGGUCCAUGUGGUGGUGCAUGCCACCCGCCGCCGUGUCCGCUUCAAUACCUCCAGGAGCCGCCGCCUGUAUACCAGAAAUGA